CAUAACCAUUACAGCCUACGAUACACCGAUACACCGAUACACAUCUUCAUCAUCUCCUUGUCGCGUGAUUUCUAAAACCAGAAAGGAAUUAUAUAAAAUUCCAAUUACUACAAUUGCAUUAUAGCAGUAUUCCGCUUACAUAUAAUUGGCACCAGCCAAUAUCUCACGCGGGUUUCGAAGACGCGCCUUGAAUAAUCCUAUUUUGUCGCGUUCGAUGUCAAAGGCGAGGGGUGUUGCAUUGCUCGGGUUAGUGGAUUCGGACGACGAGGUGGUGGACGUGUUGGCCGAAGACACGGUAGUUGGUGCGAAAAUGGCACCGGCUAAGAAAACCCGCGCAGCUGCGAAUAAAACUACGAAAUCAACACAGAACGCGGCGAGUCGGACGGGUGGGAAAUCGACAGCCGCUGCAACUAAAGGACCCGGACGAAAGGCCUUAGCAGACAAGCAAACAAAUGUUCAAGAGAAGCCUACACGAGGCAAGGGAAACAAACGACCAGCUACAGAAGAGGCCGAAGAAGAUGAGGAAGAAGACGAGAUCUCGAUAACUAGUGAUACGAAGCCCAAAGGUGGAAGAGGACGCCCUAGAGCUGCUAAGGUUCAAAAGAUAUCUGAAGAGGAAGAGCCAUCGAUUACGGAUCAAUCAGAGACUGCGGCCCGACCGGCUACGAAAAGAGGACGUAAGCCGAGAACGAAGGUUGAUGAGGCGCCUGCAGAGCCUGAAAUACCCGAAACACAACCGGUCGAGAAGGAAAUUCCAGAAACGCAAGCUAUCGAGAUAACGGAGCUUAGCAUUGAAGAAUAUGAACAGAUAGGCGACUUACCUUCUUACAACCGUGCAAGAUCGUCAUCCGUCCAACGUCUUCAGCCUCAUGGCCUUUUUAGUGCGACUCGAAGGACGGUUCCAGCAUCUGAUUCCGAGCUACAUGAACCGUUGAUGAGGAGGAAAGUAGGCGACCUGACCAGGAAAUAUGAGAGCUUGGAAGCGAAAUACCGUGAUCUACGGGAAAUUGGUGUUAAGGAAGCGGAACGCAAUUUUGAUCGACUUAAGAAACAGACUGAAGAGAAAGCCAAUACUACGAAUGAGCUCAUUGCUACCUUGAAGGCACAAUUGUCUACCCAGACCGAGUUGGCCAAGGAGUCACAACGACUUAAACAACAAUUGGAGGCUAGCCAAGCUAAAGUUGACGAGCUUCAAGAUAAGGUGAACGACACCAAUGCGUCUUUGGUAGGAGCAAAGACGGAGAUCAAGACACUAAACACGAAACUAAGUGCUGCUCGAUCCGCUGAGACAGCAAACCCGAAGAUUCCGGGUAGCGCUAUCAAGGGAUCGAAUGCGAAUAAGGGGCUCCUCGCUAAUGCCGAGGCCGCUGCGCAGACGGCACAGAUGAAGGAGGUUCUAUACGGCGAUUUGACUGGCCUGAUUGUCCGGGGCGUCAAGCGAGAACAGAACGGCGCGGAUACUUACGAUUGCAUCCAAACAGGCAGAAAUGGGACUCUCCACUUCAAGCUGGGUGUGGGUGGUGAUGAGUUGAUGGAAAACGACGAACCUCAAUUCAUCUACAUGCCCCAACUAGACCCAAGCCGCGAUCAAGAUUUGAUCGAUAUGUUACCUGAUUACCUUGUGGAGGAGAUAACUUUCCCCCAAUCACACGCUGCGAGAUUUUACUCGAGGGUCAUGAGAUCUUUGACUGAACGACCAGAGUGAACGUUGAACGUUGACGCGGAAGAUAAUGAAUUUAUUCUUUCUACUCGUUUACCCAUAUGAAGAUCGGAUGGGUGGAAAACGAAUUAUUGUAUAUACUUUUGAUACCACAAUAUUAUUACGCAUUACUGAAGAACUACAAAAUAAAAAUACAGUGUAUGUCAA